AUGGCUGGUCUUUUCGGUUCCGCCGCCGCAUCCGCGAGCAACACCCUCGGCGAUCUCAAGCAGGAUGUCGAGCUCGGCCAACCCCCCGAGGACAGCAUCAGCGACCUUGCCUUCAACCCCAAUCCCGCCGAUCAGAAGGACUUCCUCGCCGUAGCCAGCUGGGACAAGAAGACACGCAUUUACGAGAUCUUGAGUAAUGGUCAAGGUCAGGGACAGGCCAUGAUUGAGCAUGAUGCCCCCGUUUUCUCUUGCGAUUUCUUCAAGGACGGCACAAAGGUCAUCUCCGCCGGCGCCGACAAGGCCGCCAAGGUUCUCGAUUUGGCCACCGGUCAGUCGAUGCAGGUCGCUGCCCACGAUAUGCCCAUUAAGUGCGUUCGCUACUUCGAGGCCAAUGGCACGCCCAUGGCGGUGACAGGUGGCUGGGACAAGCAGAUCAAGUACUGGGAUUUCCGCUCCGCGAAUCCGGCCGCCACGGUGCAGGCCCAGGAGCGCGUUUAUACCAUGGAUGUGCGCGACAACUUGCUCGUGGUCGGAACCGCUGAUCGCUAUAUCAACGUGAUCAACCUGAAGGACCCCGGCAAGUUCUACAAGACAAUGCAGAGCCCUCUCAAAUGGCAGACUCGCGUGGUCAGCUGCUUCAACGAUUCCCAGGGCUUUGCUAUCGGCUCGAUCGAGGGUAGAUGCGCCAUUCAAUAUGUGGAGGACAAGGAUUCUGCCUCCAACUUCUCUUUCAAGUGCCACCGCGACCCCGCCCAAGGCAACACCACGGCCGUCCACGCUGUCAACGACAUCUCCUUCCACCCUCAACACGGCACCUUCAGCACAGCCGGUAGCGACGGCACCUUCCACUUCUGGGACAAGGACGCCAAGCACCGUCUCAAGGGUUACCCCAACGUCGGCGGCAGCAUCACCUCGACAACGUUCAACAAGACCGGCAGCAUCUUUGCCUACGCCAUUAGUUAUGACUGGAGCAAGGGGUACCAAGGCAACUCGCCCACGUACCCGACCAAGGUCAUGCUUCACCCAGUACAGCAGGACGAGUGCAAGCCCCGUCCGAGCGUUAAGAAGAGGUAGGGGCAUAACUUGACGACGACGAACGGGGAUAGAAGAAAAUGGAAAAUGCAUGUAAGACGCACAAGGAGCUACGAAGAGUGAUGUGGAAAGUUGGCUAUCCGGAGUAUCUGGAUAAGGAAAAGUUGCAUUCCUUCCAGACCAGGGACCAAAAUACAAAACGACAAAGCAUGGAGGAGGUCAUGUUAUAGUAGUAUGGAAACGGCCGAAGAGACGGUACGAAAGUGAUGGAUGACAAGAAUCAACGAUACCAGAGGUCUGCACGGCAAGAACGAAAGGAAGAGGAAGCAAGCAGCAGCGCGACUUCUUUUAUGAAUUUGGUAGUUUAGGCAGUUAGGUUAAUCAAUGGGUUUCAAGUGU